UAGAGGAGCAAGGAAGCAUAAGACACAACACAAUCCUAUGCAUGAAACAAAAAACCAAUUCUUUUCACUGAAAAUUGAACAAAAUCUCAUUCUAUAAGAUGACAUUGAUUCUUUGUCCCUGUAAGUCCCAUUCAAUUUCCUUUCCCAAUGAUUUUACCAAAAAAUUCAACAACAAACCACACACUAACCACAUUAAACUCACGCCCAUGUUGCAUUUUACAAAUUUGAACCCUACCCAUGUUGCAUUUUGUUCAAGAAAUGAGAAAUUUGAAACCUUUUCUGAGAACAAGUUAUCUGAAUUUGAGAAUGAAAAGGUUGAAUUGUUGAACAAGCCUUCAUUUGUUCCCUUUAGAAAUGGGUCAUCUUCUGAACAAGAGGAGGAAGUUUUGAAACCCUUUUUGAAGUUUUUCAAAGGAAGUGAUUCUCUUGAAGUAGAAAAAGAUAAUGGGGUGUUGGAAGUUUCGGAGAAAAGUGAUGAUAUGAAUGAAGAAGAAGGUAACAAGGUUAAUGGUAUUUGUGAGUACUAUGAACCAAAACCUGGUGAUUUUGUUGUUGGUGUUGUUGUUGGAGGUAAUGAAAACAAGCUAAGUGUAAAUGUAGGAGCAGAGUUAGAAGGGACAAUGUUGAAUAAGGAAGUGCUUCCAUUGUAUAGUAGAGAAAUGGAGUACUUGUUUUGUGAUGAAGAAAAAAAUGGUGAGAAUUUUGUGGUUCAAGGGAGAAUGGGGAUUUUGACAAAUGAUGAUACAAUAAAUGAUAUGAUGGUGAAAGGAAAGGAUAGUGUUGUAGAGAUUGGUACUCUUUUGUUUGCUGAGGUUUUGGGUAGAACACUUACUGGUAGGCCGUUGCUUUCUUGUCGAAGGCUCUUUCGUUGGAUUGCUUGGCAUCGACUGAGGCAGAUAAAACAGCUCAACGAACCUAUAAUGGUUAGAAUUACCGAGUGGAAUACUAAAGGCCUGCUAACAAGGAUCGAGGGUUUGCGAGCUUUUCUGCCAAAAGCGGAGCUUGUGAAAAGAAUAAAUAGCUUCACUGAUUUGAAAGAAAAUGUGGGACGGUAUAUACGUGUACAAAUUAAGGAAGCAGAUGAAAUGAAAAACAAUGUGAUACUUAGUGAGAAGGAAGCUUGGGAAAAGCUAUAUCUUAGAGAAGGAACACUUCUUGAAGGGACUGUGAAAAAUAUUCUUCCUUAUGGAGCCCAAAUAAGAAUAGGAGAAUCAAAUCGAAGUGGAUUGUUGCACGCUUCAAAUAUCACUAGAGCUGAAAUUACGUCUGUAAGUGACAUUCUUUCUGUAGAUGAGAAGGUUAAAGUUCUGGUAGUGAAAUCAGCUUUUCCGGAUAAAAUUUCUUUAAGCAUUGCGGACCUCGAGAGCGAACCUGGCCUAUUUCUAUCAAAUAAAGAGAGAGUGUUUCUAGAAGCAGAUAUGAUGGCAAAGAAAUACAAAGAAAAGCUACCUCCUGCUUUUAUCACAAAAGGAUCAAAAUCCCUUUCAAAGAGUACUCUUCCUUUUGAAAAUGAAGCACUUUAUGCUAACUGGAAUUGGUUCAUGUUUGAGAAAUAAUAACAGAAACAACCUAACCUUGAAAACUUGACAUAGAUCAUCAAAGCAUUAUGUUUUCCUAUCUAUUUUGCUUGUUUAUGAUAUAGUCACUUUAUGGAUAGAUUUAUGAAGUAUAUGUAAGCUCUUGUUUAUGAUAUAGUUACAUUUAAUUCUCUCAAAUUAUGGGUAGAAAAGGUGAAAAUUGACUAUCA